ACCAAUCCUCAAUCGUCCUUCGAUCAUCGACACAACUUCUCACAGCAACUCCAACAACGUUUUCAAAGCCCCGCUAGCUCUCUCUGCAUUACGGUGCCUAGUCGAUUACUGCUGCUUACAUAACAACAUCCGAGACGAUGUCGACUACUCGCUUCCUAUCGGCGCUUCUGGCAGUUCUCUCCAUCUCAUGCAUAGCCGACGCUAGAAAGCUGCAGUCAGUCGAGCCCGCAAUCCCCGCCAUCCCCGCGGUCGAGCCGCAGACCGUCGAAACCACCCCCAUCCCCGCAACCUUUGCGCCCACGGGGAAUCUCGCCACGAUCUCAUCCGUGCCCAGCCCCAAAGCGAGCACCCUCGAGCCAAAGGCGAACGCUCCCACUCCCAAGGGCAAGGCCCCCGGCGGAAAGGCCGCUCCCGGCGGCGGAAAGCAGCCCGGCGGCGGAAAGCAGCCCGGCGGCGGAAAGCAGCCUGGAGGCGGAAAGCGGCAAGGCGCAGGCGGAGCAGGCACAAUCCGCGGCGGGCCAAAGGCGCAUCCCGCCCCCAGCCCCGCUGCCCUCCCCUCCGCCGCCGCCCCCGCUUCCAAUCCCGCCCCUGCCCCCGCUUCCACUCCCGCGGUCGCCCCCCCCUCUGUUCCCGCGCCCAGCCCCGCUCCUGGCUCCGCGGAGCACAAGCGGAAGCCGCUGGGGCGCGAGGUGGCGAAGGUGGGGACCGUUCUCCGCGGAUCGUCCGUUGUCGGCGCAUCCCCUGGCGACGAGAACGCGACGGGCAACGCGAUCCUGACCGUCUAUAAGAACGGGCCCAAGAUCAACAUUAAGUAUAUCGUCUCUCUGCGACACGUGUCCGUGGCUGGAUCGCCGAUCGCUGUAUCGAUUAACAACGGCAGCAGCAACGCGACUGGGCCCGUGGUGGUCGAGUUCGUAGGUGCUACGUGGGUGAAUACGACGGGUGUCAUUCGCACGCGGGCUGGCGACGUCGUUCGGGCGUCUUCCGUCGCCGAGAACUCAGCGGAGGCGGCUGUCGCAGAGGCUUCGGACGACUACCUCAGCUAUGCGACACAUGGGGUGUGGGAAGACGUCGCCAGCAUUCGCACACCCUCUGGCGAACCCCUUUCCAUCGCGUUCGGGAAAGUUUUGGCUGACCCGGGCAGCUUCUACCUGGUUGUGUCAACCCCGAAAUACAACAACGGGGCAGCGCGCGGGCAGCUGCGCAAGGGCACUGGCGCAACUGUGCUUCCGCCCGGCCACCAGCGCCAGUGGGAGCAAAGGGGGAAGAAGGCGGGUAAGGGGAAGAAGGGGGAGAAGGCGCAACGCCCCCGCAACUAGGACUUUCCCACUAAGGAGUACUCUUCCCAUUGGCUUGGGGCACGAUUGCUAGCCAUUUGAUUUGGGGCGUGCUACCCACCCCGCAAUAGUGUAGGGCAGCACUCUUGUGUGUCACUAGGUAGUAGAUGGCAUGCCAUUUUGCCAAAUGCUCUGAUUCUGAAUAUGCUCUCUGUUGCAAU